AUGGCGAUGUGGACAUGUGGUUUGUGUGUGGGUUUUGCGGCGUUGCUUUUGAGCCAAAUGUUGGCCCAUAUUCGUCAAGUUCACUCUGGUGAUAAAGAGUUUGAAAUUACCUGCGGUAUUUCAAACUGUGAAAAGUCGCACAAGAAGUAUGAUAGUUUUUAUCGGCAUGUCAAAAAUCGUCAUCACGCUUAUUUGGAUAUUCCAGCAACAGACUUGCACAUUGGUGAAAUUUCAACUGCUUUGAGGCAACCAAUUGGAAAAGAGCAGAUUUAUCAAGAAAGUUAUUCAGAAGAAUUGGAGGAAUCUGAUCCACCUGUAUAUGAAGAGACCCCUCUAACAGCUCCAACAACAGGUUUCGAUGAGUCUUUGUCUGAAACCAUGGAUACAGUUCAAGAAGAAGACAUAGAAUGUUAUGACAAGAAGAAAGAAGCAGCACUUUUUCUUUUACAACUAAAGGAAAAAGCGAAAAUUCCACAAUCUGUGAUUGAUGACGUUGUAGAGGGUACAACAACUAUUUUAAAGAAAUCUAUUCAGCAUUUAAAAAGAAAGGUAAUGGAAUUUCUAAACUCAGAAGGACAGGAUGAUCUUACAGCAUCACAGAGUUUUCAGGAUAUAUGGCAAGAUGAAACCACACCAUUUGAAGGACUAGAAACCCAACACCACCAAGAGGAACAUAUGAAGCAGUCAUUUCCCUAUGUGGAGCCCAAAUGUGUAGUUCUAGGAAAAACACUUAAACCUGUGGCACAUGGAGCCAAGCGUAGAAUCAAAGAGAUGUCAGACUGCUUUUAUUACAUUCCAAUUCUAGAAACAUUGACAGUGUUGCUAAACAACAAAAAGACACUAGAGGAAGUUCUAAAAGAACCACAGUAUAGAAAUGAUGGAAAACUUGGAGACUUUAUUGAUGGUGUUGUGUUUUCUAAUCAUGAGGUAUUUUCCAAUGAUGCACAGGCUCUACAAAUUAUCCUCUACUAUGAUGACUGUGACCUCUGUAACAGUGCUGGGAGUCACGUGACCAAACAUAAAAUAGCAUUCUUCUAUUUUACCUUGGGAAAUUUUAGGCAGGAGGUACACUCCAAACUGGAUGCCAUUUUCCACUUAGCUGUUGUUAAAACUGCCCAUCUUAAGAAAUAUGGAUUCGAUGAAGUAUUGAAGCCUCUUCUGAAUGACUUGAAGAUACUUGAGGAUGGAUACUACUUCACUGCAUGUAGGCAACAGUAA